GAGGAACAGAGAGAGAAAGAUAAUGAACAAGCGGCGGCGCAUGCCGUAGCCACGGCCCCCAACUUGCUCUAAACUCGUGCAGCCUGUCGCUGUCGGUCGAAUUUUAAUGGCGGCUCAUUCCGAUUCUCUGUUUAGUGUUAUUAUCAAGUAACGAAACGGUAUUUAUACUCUUUACGCGUUACUACAAGAGAUAAUAAGGAGUUCCAUUAAGUCUAAACCGUGCGUUUCGUUGUUUCAUCGUUCGGAUACUAUAUCAGAGACCUGUAUCAAGGACAUAGUGAGUGCAUAUCCGCGAUGUGUCGUAGCGACUCUGGCGUACGAACAUUCCAUCGUGUAGUCGUGUUAUACACUUUGGCUUUUUCAUGAAAAGGGUUGACUCUACGUGAUAAAUCGAACUUGUUUCCUUUUAUUUUAAUUCGUUGUAUAUAUGAAAUUUUCGUGAAUCAAGAGAAAAAGAAGGAAAGUUAACACGAGCUGACUGAUGAUCAUAUCAGAUCGAGCGAAUCGAAGCUGCGAGCUUUUUUCAUGCUGGAGACGAUUAUUGACAAGGAGUAGAAUAUCCUUGCCUUUGUGCAAAGACACUGGCCUUAACUGUCAAGUGCAGCUAUGCUGCUCGUACUAAUGAAGGGCGGUGCGUGCAUCGGUGUUACUCAAAAAGUGUGGAGGAGCCAUCUGCCCUAGCCUGACAUCGUCGUCGAAAUGUUUUAGUAUCGAAAUCGAGGUGCCAGGCAAUGUGCAUCAUGUCGGUGCCUGGAUACAUGUGUAAUUGGUAGUACUAUAUUGAUACUGGCCUUCUACCAGUGGGACAAAUACCCUUAUUAUAUUUUCUAAGCUUCCUACCCUAGACUUGUACAUGCACAAACGCACACGCAUAGCGUGUGCGCAUGUGCUUUGUCAACUAUUGCCUACACAUCAUGAGAUUCUUGGGAUUUGUAUCAUUUCCCAUUUCGCCUACUGUGUUAUCUCCUAAACUGCUACUACCAUUUCAUCGAUUAUCCUUUUCAUCCAUGUCUGUUGCUACCUGGUUCCUGGUGGUACUGGUAACUGCAGCCAUAGAUACACCUGCUAGUACUACUCCACCUGUGCAAGAAAAUAGAUCGUUACACAUUGUAACACAGUUUCCUAUGGGAGAUGGUCAAAGAUAUGGAUUUUAUCCUCUAGAUCCAAAUACAACGAGGGAAGGUGCCCUUCGAUUUAAUCACCUUACUAUAGAUCCUGCAACAGGAAGAUUAUAUGCAGGUGCCAUCAACAGACUUUUACAGUUAGAUUCUAAUCUCAGACUGGAGGAAUAUGUUUCCACAGGACCAAGAUUGGAUAAUCCUCAGUGCCAUGCAACAGGCUGUCCUUCCAGAGACAUAACUACAUCUUUAAUGGACAAUGUAAACAAACUAUUAAUCGCUGAUCUUGAAUCACAAACACUGAUUGCAUGCGGUUCCCUUCUUCAAGGUGCUUGUGAAAAGUACAAAAUGUCAAACAUAUCUAUUAAGCCGGAAUUCAUUCCCCAUAGUGUAGCAGCAAACGAUGAAAGCUCUUCUACAUACGCUUUUAUUGGGCCCGAAAAAUACAAUGCUUGGGGACAAACGAAUAUACUCUAUGUUGGUACUACAUUCACUAAUAGAGGAGAUUACAGGCAUGACGUGCCUGCUAUUUCUAGCAGAAAUCUUCACAAUUUAGAAUUCGCGGAGUAUACGUUCAAUAAACAGUCAAUCGUAUACAUCGACGUGAAAUAUCGAGACCAUUUUCUGGUUAAAUAUGUGUAUGGGUUCAAUGCCAACAACUAUGCAUAUUUUGUAUUGGUACAAAAACAGUCUCAUCUUCCUGAAGAAGAGGAAAAGGGUUACAUCUCUAGAUUGGCUCGAAGCUGUAUCAAUGACCCAAAUUAUGAUAGUUAUACAGAAGUGACGCUACAGUGUACUGUUAAUUUAGGAGAUGGAAAAUCGCAAUCUUAUAAUUUAGUGCAAGACGCGAAAGUGGCACCAGCCGGUAGUGAUAUAGCCAUGCAAUUGGGUAUUUCCGUUGGUGAUCCCAUUUUUGUCUCCGUAUUUUCUCCAAGUAGAGGAAUCACGAACGAACCGCUGUCUCGGUCAGCACUUUGCGUGUACAGUUUGCAAGAGAUUGAAACAAGAUUUACUGAAAAUAUCCAUAUGUGUCUCAAUGGUAGUACUAAAUAUAGAAACAUGGGAUAUGUCAGUGGUCCUAUACAAGAUGGAAAAUGUCCUGCGGCAGGAACAGCGGGCAACAUUUUGCACUUCUGUGAAGUGGGUUUGAAAAUCUCCGGAAUGUCACCAAUUGUGGGACAAGCAAUUUUACAUUUUCCUGACGAAUUCAUUACCUCUGUAACAAUAGCUAAUACAGAAAGUCAUACCGUUGCAUUCUUAGGUACUAACGACGGUUCUCUGAAAAAAGUUUUACUUUCUGGAAAUGAAGCAUUCGUCUACGAAAAUAUUGUAAUCGAUAAAGGAAACAGAUUGAUGCCUGAUACUUUGAUUUCUCCAGAUGGAGAACAUAUUUACGUUUUAUCGACUUCUAAAAUUUCUAAGGUGCAAGUUGAACAUUGCAGUAGUUAUACUAAUUGCAGCAGUUGUCUAGACGCGAAAGAUCCUUAUUGUGGAUGGUGUUCAUUAGAAAAAAGAUGCACAGUUAGAGGAGAUUGUCAGAAAGCAAGUCAUAGUAGUCCACGAUGGUUAUCUUUAGGUACAGGACAACAAUGCAUUGAUUUCGAGCAAGUUCUUCCAGAUCGUAUGCCUAUCAAUCAAAUGACCACCGUUCACUUAACAAUCAGAACUUUACCCGAAUUACCAGCAGGCGCAAAUUACAAAUGUGUUUUUGGUAACGCCGAACCUAUAGAUGCACUAAUGACCGGAUUUGGAUUAUCUUGUCCUACACCACCCGUACUUGAAAGACCGAAUAUACCAGACGGGGCCGAUCAUGUUCUGGUACCUUUAUCUGUGCGCUCUAGUGAAACAAAUAAAGAUUUUGUCUCACGAAAUUUCGCUUUCUUCGAUUGCUCUAGGCAUACCGUGUGUACAGAGUGUGUAAAAUCUCAAUGGGCCUGUAGUUGGUGUGUCUAUGAUAAUAAAUGUACACAUAACACAAGCUGUCAGGGUAUCAUUUCGGGAGAAAACAAUCAAGCAAAUUUAGCUGCGCAUGGAGCACAAUACUGUCCAAAGUUCGUUCAACGCCAGGAACCAUUGAUGUUACCUAACAGUGUACCCAAAGAGAUAGUGCUCGAGGUUGAGAAUUUACCGCAUCCUCAAGUAGGACACAGUGGUUUCCAAUGCAUCGUCUCAAUCGAGGGUGCUAAUUUAAAAGUACAAGCUCGUGUCGAUAGCAGCCGUUUUAUAGUAUGUGAUAAAACAGUUUACUCGUAUGAGGCGGUCACUGGCGAAUACGAAGCAGAGGUAACGGUUGUCUGGAACAUUAAUCAUCACGUGGACAAAACUACUAUCAUCCUUUAUAAGUGUGAAGUGUUGGGUUCGCAUCGCGAACACGCAGAUUGUUCCCUUUGCGUGACCAGAGAUGCGCGUUUCGAAUGUACUUGGUGCGGUAAUAGUUGCGUGUACCGGCAUUCUUGCUUGCACUCGCCAUUUACCGAGUGUCCGAAACCGAGGAUAGACAUGAUUAAACCUCUCAGUGGACCGAUCGAAGGUGGAACAUUGGUCACUAUCGAAGGUAGUAAUUUGGGGCUGAAAGAAAGCGACGUGGAUGGAAAAAUACAUAUUGGUAACACACCAUGUACUUUAGUCGACUAUGAAGUGUCCGUACGCAUCGUUUGUCGUACAGGAAGACACGAAGCAACGGACACUGCCUCUGUAGUGGUUGGUAAUGACGCUGGUUACACUGAAAGCGCAGUGUUAUUUAAUUACAAGGAUAUACGAUUGUCUGGUGUUUACCCAUCAGUUGGUCCACAAAGUGGUGGUACGCAACUUGCCAUUACUGGAAUGUAUUUAAAUAUUGGUAGUACUAUAUCAGCCUACCUAGACGAGUUAGCAUGUCAUGUUAACGCCACGCAAGCGAGUAGUACCAGAUUAACUUGUGUAACAAGUAAAUCCGAUAGAGUAAGAAGAAUCGACAGACUGACUCUUAGCAUAGAUGGUGCGAAUCGCACUUUAAUUGGUAAUCCCUAUAACUACACUCAUGAUCCUACUAUUAUGGAGAUUAAGCCACUAACAAGUUUUGCUUCUGGUGGCCGUAUGAUCACCGUUCACGGCACCAAUCUAGAUACUAUCCAGAAGCCCGAAAUGGAGGUAUACUUCGACAAUGAACUACUGCCAGUAAAUAGGACUGUUUGUACAGUAUUAAACCCGACGCAGAUGGAAUGCCCAAGUCCUAGUGUUGCUAAGCGGUUCAUGACUCUUCGACGUAACGGGCGUGCUACUGCUAAUAGCCAAAGCACACCACCUCAAUCAUUAAAGUUAAAGGAAUCUCAAUUAUCCUUGAAAAUAGCAUUUAUUAUGGACAAUGUGGAAAGUGUACGAGAUUUGGAAAAGCAUUUUAAGAGUCUUAGAAAUCGCUUACUUUAUGUGGAAGACCCGAAAUUUCUUGCCUUUCCGCGUAACAUUAAAUUAUAUAAAGGUGAUACACUAGUUAUCGAGGGGGAAAAUUUGAUUUUUGCCAGUGAUGAGUCUGAUGUGAACGUUACUGUCGGUACAAUGCCAUGUAACGUGACUUCGCUUGCUCUAACUCAAUUGGUUUGCAUUCCUCCUGAUCAACAACCAGCUGAUACGGAUGAACUUGGAAUUAAAACUGAAAAUGGUUUACCCUUGGUGGUAGUACGUGUGGGUCGUAGCCUAAGGUUCCCCAUUGGUUAUCUGCGCUACGAAGUGAUUAAAUCUUAUCCGAUCCCACCAGAGGCAAUUGCUGGAAUAGCUGCUGGCACUUUUGGUCUUGUGUUUCUGUUUGUUUUAGUGUUAAUAAUAUAUAGAAGGAAGAGUACACAAGCAGAGAGAGAAUAUAAAAGGAUACAGAUACAGAUGGAUACUCUGGAAAGCAAUGUUAGGAUGGAAUGUAAGCAAGCAUUUGCUGAACUACAAACCGAUAUGACUGAUUUAACCGCUGAUCUGGAGUCGUCCGGUAUUCCGACUUUAGACCACAAGAAUUACAUUAUGAAAGUAUUUUUUCCCGGUGUUACGCAUCAUCCUAUAUUAAAUGAUCCUAGAUCACGUAGUAAUGUGUCUCGUACAAACUACGAUGCUGCCAUGAUCCAGUUCGAGCAACUGAUCAAUAAUAAAUACUUCGUAUUAACGUUCAUCGAAACCUUAGAGGCUCAGAAAGACUUUAAUAUUAGAGAUAAAGUGAAUGUUGCAUCAUUACUUAUGGUCGUCCUGAUGGGUAAGAUGGAGUAUGCGACUGAUAUUCUCAUGAAUCUUUUACUAAGACUUAUUGAAAAGGCAGUGAACACAAAGCAUCCUCAGUUGAUGCUUAGAAGGACCGAAUCCGUGGUAGAAAAGAUGCUAACUAACUGGAUGGCUCUUUGUAUGUACAAUUACCUUAAAGACUAUGCAGGUUCCUCUCUAUUUUUAUUGUUCAAGGCAAUAAAGCACCAGAUAGAAAAGGGUCCUGUGGACGUGAUUACGUACGACGCUAGAUACUCGUUAUCUGAAGAAAGGCUACUCCGUGAACAGAUUGAGCACAGCGUGGUCACUCUGCAUGUCGUCCAAGAUGAUCUCGAUGAGAAAAUCCAGUGCAAGGUGUUAGAUUGUGAUACUAUAAAUCAAGUGAAGUCCAAGAUCCUAGAUGCUCUCUACAAGAAUACUCCUUUCUCACUGAGGCCGUCCGUUCAUGACGUAGAUUUGGAAUGGAGACACGGUAGAGGCGGACAUUUAACUCUUCAGGAUGAGGAUCUCACGUCAAAGUGCAGCGGCGAAUGGAAAAAGAUAAACACGUUGGCGCAUUAUGGUGUGAAAGAGUCAGCAGUGAUGUCGUUGAUUCCUAGACAGAACGAUGGCUUUUCCGUCGCCUGUAAACCACCGUGUCACAAUUGUAAACCAUCGCACUAUCAUCAUCAGCAGCAGUCUAUUCAUCACCAUGCACAUCACCAUCACCUACAUCGUCACGCGAAUCACUGUUCGUCCACGCAUCUUCCAUCCACACCUAAUCACAAUCUAAUUAGUCCUGUAAUGUACAAUCAUCCCGUUAGCGGUUUAUACUUCGAAUCUCAACAUUCACCGCCGAUCAUAACAGCAAACGGCGACGUAGAAAGCGGUCAUGGAGGUAAUCAACGAUUAUAUCAUUUGGUAAGGCCUAUAGAAGAAAGUCACUAUCCGCCAGGUAUGGGUUUCACCGGUAGCAAGCAUCAUCAUCCAGAACGAACACACAAAGCCAUCCCUGAAAUAUUUUUAACGAGAUUACUAUCGACGAAGGGUACCGUUCAAAAGUUCGUCGAUGAUUUUUUGAAUACGAUUCUAACAGCGAACGAAGCAUUACCCAGUGCUGUAAAAUGGCUGUUCGAUCUCCUGGACGAUGCUGCGAAGCAACACGGGAUCGUUGACCCGGAGGUACCGCACGCAUGGAAAUCGAAUAGUUUGCCGCUUAGAUUUUGGGUGAAUUUUAUUAAGAAUCCAGACUUCAUGUUCGAUAUAAAUAAGUCCACGACGGUUGACUCGAGCCUCUCCGUGAUAGCGCAAACAUUUAUGGACUCUUGUUCGAUGACGGAACACAGGCUGGGGAAAGAUUCACCGUCGAAUAAGUUACUCUUUGCCAAGGACAUACCGCAUUACCGAGAGAAAGUGGGUCGUUUUUACACAGAUGUACAAAGACUGCCACAAAUCACUGAUCAAGAAAUGUCUAGUGCCAUGCAACAGCUGAGUGCGUCACAUGCAAAUGAGUUUGAUGUGAUCGCAGCACUAAAAGAACUUUACAUCUAUGUCAGCAAGUAUUAUGAACAAAUCCUAGAGGCCUUGGAGACAGACGCAGGCUGUCGUAAAUUACAUCUAGCCCACAGGCUAGAGAAUGUCGCGUGCACACUCGAAGGAGAGGAAACCAGUGCCUGCUGACACAACCUCCUCAUUGCUAUCCCAGGACCCGUCAAUCUCUCCAGAAACACUGACUAGUGCCUCCAUUUCAUGCAUCAGAUACACCUCGUUACAUAUGUACAAAUCUACACACCAUGUGAAUAACAAUGCCGUAAAAAAUACGUGCGAUUUCGUUAAGGCUAGUCAGGCGAUAGUUUUUCUUAGGAUAAAUUAAUCCUGGCUGUAGUAUUUACGUCUAUAUGUCAUGGCCGUAUCGAAAUACGCUCGUACACACGUACAGAUGUUAGCAAAAUGGUAACAAAAGAGAAAAUGAUGAACUCUAACCUUUAAACCUGAUCUGUUUUUAUUAAUAUUGUAUAUUUCAUUUAUUUUACUAUACAUAUAUAUAUAUAGUAUAUUUGUAACAAAUUAUAAGAAAACGACGAAGGGAAUCUCAAUGCAAUCGGUGGAAUCUUCGUUAGUAAGGGAUAUAAUUUAUCUUAUGAUCGAAAAACUAUAUCUCCGGUGACGUAGCUGAAUAUUGGUCCGCCUACGCGUUUUAAGGAUUUGAGAUGCAAAAUUCGUGCAAAAAAUACUUAUUAAAAAAAAGUAAAAAAAAAACAAA